AUGCACGCCAAAGAUCUCCCCUCCUUUAAAGAAAUACCCCCAGUCCCAGGAAUGCCUCAAGGAACUGCCUGGGGUCUUUUUGACCAAAACGGCGAGCGAGAUAAUUGUGGUACUCUCAAUUUACUUACGCCCGAAAAUACACUCGAAGCAAGCAAGGAGAUUAAAUCUGGUAAAAGUGUUGCAUUGAACUGGUCUCAAGACCGCAUCCACGAACCUGGAUUCGGUCGCGAGGUUCCAAAACAUACAAUCCGAGAUCUGGCUCCGUUUGGUUUCAAAGGAUAUGAUGAUGUGAUAUGCAUGAAUACGCAAAGUGGCGCUCAAUGGGAUGGACUCCGUCACUGGGCCCACCAAGCCACGUCCCUCUACUACAACAACCUCUCCCACUCCGAAAUCAGCUCUCCCCUUGCAGGGACCCCAUGCAAAAACGUAAUCGAAGCCUGGACCGCCCGCGGCGGCAUCGUCGGACGCGCCGUCCUAAUCGACUAUGUAGCCUACGCUCAACGCCACAAUAUUUCCUAUUCCCCAGUCACGCGACACGAAAUUAGUGUAGAGACAAUCGAGAAAAUUGCAAAGGAACAAGGAGUCGUGUUCAAAGAGGCGGAUAUCUUGAUUGUGCGGAGUGGAUUUGUAAAAUGGUAUGAGGAGGCGAAUGCUGAAGAACGCAAUCGAGGCGUAAACGCCCAUGAAUUCGUAGGCGUGAAAUCAUGUGAAGAAACAGUGGAAUGGAUAUGGAAUCAACAUUUUUCUGCCGUAGCGGGUGACACGAUUGGAUUUGAGUGUUGCCCACCAGAGGCAAAUUCGGAAUGGGUUUUGCAUGAUUGGUUGUUGGCUUUGUUCGGCUGUCCAAUAGGCGAACUCUGGAAUUUAGAAGAUUUGGCAAAGGUAUGCGCUGAGCAGAAUCGAUACUCUUUCUUCUUUACUAGUGCGCCGUUGAAUUUUCCAGGUGGAGUAGCGAGCCCACCGAAUGCCGUUGCUAUAUUUUAG